AAUAUAUCAUGUAGUCAAUGUUUUAAUAAUUAUAAAGGCAAAAAUGCCAGUUAGGUUGCAUACCUACGUGUUUUAGUUUUAAUACAAUAUAUACAAGUGUCACAUUUUAGAAAAUAUGAAGUUAGGACGUUUAGGAAAAACUCUAGAUUUUAGAGAAUUCAUCCUCUUAUUUGGGCAUAAUUAAAAACAUACUUAACUAAGUAUUGUUUACAUAUGUAAUUGAUGACCGAACACCUUUAUUGAACCAUACCUAGCCUUACUUCAGCAAUCUAAACUCAUAAAACCACCAACUUAUGUUAUACAUUUCACGCCGGUAUGUUAUCGUCAGCCUGUUGAACUGUUACAAUCUAAUUUCUUUACCUUCAGAUACGAGACAAUUUAAAAGAUUAUAUUUCCUUUUACAGAUAAUAUGGGUGUUAAUGUUACUCUUUAAAGUCUGGACAACUACAUGAAAAUGGCUCGACUAAAGGUACUAGUGAUUGCACUCCUUGCGAAUACUUUGACACACGCCUUCAAUGGAGACAGUUUCGAGCUGGAGUGUCCUGACGAAUGCGACUGCCAUUACUUCAGAAUUAAUUGGGUGACUGAUUGCUCAGAGAGCAACCUCACAGAAGUGCCAUACGAUGAGCUGAGCAUGAGCGUCUACAUACUGGACUUGAAUGGCAAUAACAUUACCACCCUGAAGACAUUUCCUGGAGAUAUCAAGAUGAGAAGAUUGCAGAUAGCCGACAACAGACUUACCCGGGUGGAUAGAGAAUCUUUUAAAGGUCUGGAGUAUCUGAUAGAUGUGGAUUUGUCGGGCAAUAACAUAAGUUACGUCGAUCCAGAAGCUUUCUUGGAUUCCCGAGGGCUUCUCAACGUCGAGUUACAAGAUAACCCUAUCAGUACCGUAGAUGGACCAUUUUUAAUCUCCAGUACUUUACAGUUUCUGGAUUUAAGCAAUUGCAACUUGUCCAGUAUUAACCUACAGUUCUUUGAUAACAUCACAUCUCUCACAACAGUGGACCUUUCAAACAACCCGUUAAAAAAUUUAGAGAGUGGAACAUUUGACGUUUUAACCAGUCUAGAAACUCUAAAGCUGAACGACUGCAAGCUCACUAGUAUAGCUGAAAACGUAUUCUCGGCAUUGGUUAACCUUAAAUACUUGGAACUGGCGGGCAAUCAGUUAACAAAUAUGAACUGGCCAGAAUUGUUAGGAAAGCUAAUCAGACUAGAAUAUCUCAAUCUAAGAAAAACCGGCAUUAAAUCGUUGUCAGAAGAUGCAUUUUCAAAUUGUACUAACUUAGUCUCACUGAUUUUGGCAGACAAUGAAUUGCGUGACUUAGAUGUCGCAGCUACCUUAGGUAGUAGUGUUGAUCAUUUAGAAUUAUUAGACUUAUCCAAUUGCAAAAUACGUGGACCUAUAGCUGGCGAUGCCUUUGCUAAUGCUACGAGGUUAAAAAGUCUUUACCUUUCUGGUAAUCCUUUAUUCGCUCCUGAUUUACAAGAAGCUCUUGAACCAUUACCGAAGUUAGAAAAACUGUUUUUGAGCAACUGUGGCUUACGAAACCUUCCAGACAAUUUCAAUGUGUUUGAUAAUCUACAAGAACUGGAUAUAUCACAUAAUCCAUUAGUAAACGUUUUCACUAAGUUGUUAGCCCCACUUGAAAAACUGGAAUAUCUUAAUAUGGGUUAUAGUAAUCUUUCUUAUAUAGGCCCUGAUUCGUUUUCUAAAAUGACCUCAAUGAAAAGACUUGUUUUAUCAGGUAACGAUUUAUUAUCACUUGAAGCGGGACUCUUCGGCAAUUUAACCCAAUUGACCACUUUAGAGUUAGAAUUCUGUGGUUUAAAAAGACCAUUGAACUCAAAUGCUUUCUUCAAAAAUCUAACAUAUAUGGACCUAAGAGAAAUAAGAUUAGGUGGGAAUCCAUUAGUUAUCCCUGCUAGUGGUCCAUUAUUCCCGAAACGACUUUCUCAGAUUACUAUAAUGGAUUUAAGUAAUUGUAAUAUUACUUAUCUCAAUCGUGACGCUUUCAAAAACACUGAGAAUAUUACAGAUUUAAAUCUAGCAAGUAAUCGUAUCGAAUCUAAAGAAGAUAGUUUACAAUUCUUGGCCAGGUUACAUCAUCUGGAAAAAAUAAAUUUGAGUAACAAUAACUUAACCACCAUCGAUCCGGAAGUGUUUGUUAACAAUCCAAAACUCCAUUCGUUGAAUUUAGUUGGCAAUCCAUUUAUUUGUGAUUGCAAGAUUGCUGAAAUGUGGGAUUGGGCUAAUAUGAUCAAGGGCAAUCUAGACUUUCUCAUAGGAGCAAAGAGCGCUGAAAAAGACAUAGUAGUGAAAGGAAAUAAGAAGAAGAAACAUUUGUAUUGUCAUUAUAACGAAACACAGAUUAGAAACCAUACGAUUUCAGUGAAUAAAACAGUACCAGGAAGAAGACCGUUCAUGAAACCUAGAGAGUUGACGUUAGCUAAUAGGACUUGGGCAAAGUACGUUAGAGAAUCCGGGUGUGAACCUGUGGUAAAAAUACUACGUCCAGUUGCUUUAACGUCAGAUCUGUUUGACCCUGAAAGGGCAUUUUCCACAGGCGCUGUGAUCCUGUCUGUAAUAGCUUUGAUAUUCGGUUUAUCAGCAUUGUUGAUGACAGUACGACUUCUCCGAAGAAGAAACACUACUGAAGUCGAUACAGAGAAAAAUAGAAAAGCAAGAUAACAAAGAAAAAUAAAAAUCAAUUAAUUAUUCCGAAGAAAAAUAAAGGAUUUCGGAUCUUUAUUCGUGUACGUUAUUAGUAUUCUGUCAUUUUUUCAUACUGUUUUACAUUUAUUGUAGUUUUACAUUUAUAAAUAAAGAUAACAUUUAAUGUAAAAUAUAUGUAAAAUAUAUAAAAUAUAUAAAUACAUAAAAUAAGUAAUGAAAUUCCAUACUAAGGAUAAUAAAUUAUUUAUUUUAUGAAACAAAUAAUUUCUUUCGAAUGAAAAAGACACUCUUUGUAUAAAAAUACUAUAAAUAGUAAUACAUUAAGUCUUACUGUAUUGAAACGGAUACUAGUCAAAACGAAAACAUUGUAAUAAAACCUAAUCGUAUUCCAUUAGUAUUCGCCUAUGUUAAAAUUAAAAUUAUUUUAAUUAUUAUAUUGUAUUGUAAUAUUUCAAUAAAUCGAUCCACAAUCGCCCAUCGUCCAUCAUCUACUAUGUAAAUAUGUAUAUUUCAAAAUAUCCCUAGCU